CUAUCCACCACCCACCCAUCAUACCAUCGGAUACGCGGCAGAGGAUCUGUUGACACCAGCGUGGCUCGCUGUCAGCAUACAUAGCCAGGCUCGUGUUGGCGCUGAUCUGCAUUGACCGAGCAAGCUGUCAGGCCUGUCCGGAAUCUUUUGAGUGCAUCAGACAAAGUCACUGCGAGCUACUUGCGGCUUGCGGUAGUGCCGUUGCCGACACCAGGGCCUCUGGCGGCGAGGCACGAACAGUGUGUCCAUACACCAUGUCCACAGCACCUUUGACUCCCUCCUCUGCUCGUGCUCAGGCAUCAGCUCCUCCUACGCUAGUGGCCGAGCACUCCCUGGGAGUAGACUGCACCUCGGACUGGCGCACCACCCUCGCUUCGUACCUGUCAAGCGCACCCGCCAUACCUUCCGACAUCUCCACCGAGCAAGAUGCCCUUGCAGAUGGACAGACAAACUAUGCUGAGCUGCCCAAGUCGAGCGAGAGGCUCAGGAGAGUGCUGCAAAAGACCAAUGCGAGCUUGAUCAGGCACGAUGAGCCCCCGGCUUGGCCUGCCAUGGGCGACCAAGCGAUCCAAGACACCUCGGUAGAUUCAUCGCAGCAGACCAACACGCAGUCGUUCAACUUCUUCGAUCUGCUCCCCAACGAUGAGCAACAACCUCCGCUGGACCGCUUGACGGGGAUCAAGGCAGCAGAUGCGACAGAUCUCUUGUAUGCGCUCAAGACCGGUAAGGUGUCGGUUCGAGAGAGCACAGAGACUUUCUUGUCUCGGUCUGCACUGUCGCACUACGCCACCGGGUGCCUCACCUCGCUUCUGGUGGAUCAAGCUCGAGCACGCGCACGAGAACUGGACGAUCUGCGCGCUCGACUAGUCGAAGCGCACGGCGAGGCAUCUGCCAUCUCGCACCUUCCCAGACUCUUCGGCCUGCCAGUCAGCAUCAAGGCACACUUGGGCUUGAGAGGCACGCGAAGCGAUAGAGGAAUCAUCUUUGACGUGCUCAAUCCCACUGCGACGCAAAACUUGACUCGAAGCGGGGGAGAAAUUGAGAGCAGGCUCAAGGCGCAGGGCACGGAUUUGAGCGUGCUCGAACUCGUUCGAAAGCAGGGAACGCAUGUCAUGCAGGCGGACGCGGUGCUGGUCAGACAACUCAAGCAGGCAGGCUGUGUCAUUCUUGCGAAGACUACAAUGCCUCAGACCGUCAUGGCUCUUGAUACCCGCUCGCAUCUGCAUGGCCAAACGCUGAACCCAGUCAAUCUCAAGCUGAGUCCUGGUGGGAGCUCAGGAGGCGAGGCAGCUCUGGUAGCUAGCGGAGGUUCGGCGAUUGGAUGGGGCACGGACAUAGGUGGUUCGGUCAGACAGCCCGCCGCUUGUGUUGGCUUGUACACCAUCAGAAGCACUACUGGUCGCUUGUCCAUUUCUGGUUCUCGAGGAACGAUGCCAGGUAAUGAAGGCAUCCUAGGCACAGUAGGGCCUUUCACCAACAGUGUUCGCGAUCUACGUCUGGCGCUUAGCACGCUCUUGUCCUCCGAGACGUCCGCUGAGCAAGAGCGAGAUGACCACAGGGUUCAAGCGACGUGGGAGCUGGACCAUACUUGCCCUCGCCUACCUUGGAGAGUCGACCUCUCCCUCAAACGCAAGAUUCGCAUCGGAGUGCUUCAAAGCGACGACCUUGUCAGACCUUGGACACCGAUCCGAAGAGCUUUGCGGCACGCUCAAAGCGUACUCGAACAAGAUCCAGCAGCUCAAUUCGAGAUCGUGCCCUUCUCUUUGGGACCCAAAGGGACCGCUAGGGAUGCUUGGAACUUGACAAGAGAUCUAUACUUCCCGGAUUCUGGAGCGGUGGCGCACACUCUCAUCACGAGCACCACCGAGCCUCUCUUGCCGUUGACCCAGACGAUCCUCGAGCCUUUCCUGACAACCUCCUCCUCGAGCGGCUCUAGCGCGGCAGCCGCAGCUCCUCUCCAGACCAGCUCGCCUCUACCUCCGUCAGCCUCCACUGCACCAGCGCUGAUCCCAAAGGCUUCAAAGACGGCCACUGAGAUGUGGGCUUUGAAUGCGCAGAGGGAGGCUAGCAGAAGGGCAUUCUGGAACAGGUGGGACGAGGCGGACGUCGACUUCGUGCUUGCUCCUGCGCAGACUGGCACGGCGCCGAGGCCUGGAAAAGUCACGUACUGGGGUUACACCUCACAUUUCAAUUUGUGGGACGCUCCAGGGGCUGUAUUCCCGACCGGACUUGUUGCGGAUGCGCAGACGGACAUUGCGUACGAGCAACAAACGUCCGAAAUCCCUCUCCCCGAAGAAGCGGACUACGACAAUCGUUGGCAAGCGUUUGCGGAUCAAGAGUACACGCAAAAUCGAUCGACCUUCGAUGGCGCGCCGCUGUGCCUACAGCUUUUGGGACGCAAGUGGCACGAGGAAGAACUUAUCGAUGCGCUUGAAAAGAUAGACGAGGCAUUGAAGGCGGCUCUUCCUCGAACGGACGUGGGUGGCAGCCAGCUGGGCAAGGGUGUCAUGACCAGCUCCAGCACCGUGCAGGAGCAGCCUGCAGAUCAGAGUGCUAGUUUGGCAAGCGAUCACGGUAAUGAGGCGACCAAGUCAGACACGGCUGCAAAUGAUUCUUCGCCUAACGCAGCCAUCGAUACCGAUCAUCGAGUGGAUGACAAGGCUCUUGCACCGCCAGCUUCGACUAGCACUGGUGCUUCGGCGGAAGCGCCAGAGGUGAAUGGUAGCAAAAGGCGUCGAGUCGACAAGCUCAGAAGCUCUCCCCUUCCAGCACUCGACAAGCCCAUUUUGGCGCUCGGACUUGAAGGCAGCGCAAACAAGCUCGGAUGUGGGGUAGUGCGACACAAUGUGGAUGGCAGCGUGGACAUUCUUUCCAACGUGCGACACACCUACGUGACCCAACCUGGCACCGGCUUUUUGCCUUCUGACACGGAAAAACAUCACAGAGCGUGGUUGGUUCGAGUUGCGGAGGAAGCGGUUCGUAGGGCAGGCGUGAAGAUUACGAACUGUUCUUGCGUGUGCUUCACAAAGGGACCGGGCAUGGGAGGACCUUUGCAUGUCGUGUCGCUCGUCGCGCGGACCCUUUCUUCGCUUUACAAGCUGCCUCUCGUCGGUGUCAACCAUUGCGUCGGCCAUAUAGAGAUGGGAAGGACGAUAACGGGAGCCAAAAAUCCCAUCGUGCUGUAUGUAUCUGGAGGCAAUACGCAGGUCAUUGCGUACUCUUCGCAGAGGUACCGGAUCUUUGGGGAGACGCUGGACAUUGCGGUAGGCAAUUGCCUGGACAGAUUCGCUCGAGUCAUUGGUCUCAGCAAUGAUCCUAGUCCCGGGCAGAACAUCGAGAUUGAAGCACGCAAAGGCAAACGAUUGCUGCCAUUGCCCUACUCCACCAAAGGCAUGGAUGUGGCUCUGGGCGGAAUCCUCGCUGCGACCGAAGCAUACACGCGGGAUGCCCGUUUCAAAUCUGACCCUUCGUCACGCGCGCCGAAGCAGGACGCUUCACAGGAUUGGGGAGCAUUAGCCAACGGGCAAAAUUGGUCCUCUGACGGGCGACAUGCUGGUCAUUCGACAGCUUCCGAACUAGCACCCUCCACGGAUCUGACAGGUCAAGACAUGUUCGAAAAUGUGCAAGCUUUCACAUCUACUUCCAUUCGAGGCUUGAAGGAGUUCACUCCACAGGAUCUGUGUUUCAGUCUGCAAGAACACGUCUUUGCUAUGUUGGUCGAGAUUACCGAGAGAGCUAUGGCGCACGUGGGAAGUAGGGAGGUGCUCAUUGUCGGUGGUGUGGGAUGCAAUGCCAGGUUGCAAGAGAUGAUGGGCAUCAUGGCUUCCGAGCGAGGUGGCAGCGUCUUUGCGACGGAUGAGCGCUUCUGCAUCGACAAUGGAAUCAUGAUUGCUCAUGCCGGUCUGCUCGCUCAUCGAAUGGGCAUCAGCACCAGCUUGGAAAAGAGCACCAUCACUCAGCGAUUCAGGACCGAUGCGCCUCUCAUCUCGUGGCGCAAAUGAGCGCCCGACAUUGGUCGGUAGCUUCUCCAUAAUUUCACAAGCACCCACGAACCCUUGGAACUUCUCAUCUUGCAAAUGCGCAUAGAGAGGUGAUGCAGGAUUGAAUUGCGAUCGAUCCACAACUACGUGCUCGUGACGUCCUACCUUCCACACUGUCCCUGCCUUACUGCCUGAUGACUUGCUUCGCUUCUUCUCGAUCGCUCCACUCGAUUCGGUCAGAGUCAGGAUUGGACCAGCCUACUCGGUGAUUUUGGCAAGGAUUUCUGAUUCGCGAAUCAGCAGGUACUCCUGCGAAAAAGGAGUCGCAAAUGUAGAUCGUUGGGUCAGCAAUAAGAAAUGCCAGUGAAGU